CUUAGUUUUCCGCUGAGACAAUCUUUCUGGGAGAAAUCUUCCCUGGGCCUGGAAAACAAGUUUCUGGCAUGGAGCCAUGCCCAACAAAGCCUGCGCGUCGCCGCGGAGCCCGCGGCUGCCGAGGUGCUGGGCCGUGGCCCGGUGUGGCAGGGACAGCGUCAUCUGUGGGCUCCUCGUGUGUGAAUUCUGGAUCUCCCGGCUGGGGCUGGGUCAAGCAGCAGCAACCCCAGGAGAAAAUUCCCCCGGAUGGGUUGCAACACCCCGUGGAGGAGCUGCGAUGCGUGUGGCCGGGCGAGCAGCGGGGGACGGCGCUUUGGCUCAAGAUUGCGCUGUGCUGCUUGACCUAUUAAAGCUGCUGAGAGGAGCUGAUACAUCAGUGAACACCCACUAAAUGACCAUCCCUCUGUUACCAAGCACCUUCCUGAAGAGUGCAGCAUGACAGAGCUCCACGAAGCCGUGGCUGUGGGUGACUAUGACCUGGUGAAAAAGAUUUUGAAGGCAGGGUGCUGUGACCCAAACCAGAAGGACGUUGACUGGCAUGACAGGACCCCUCUGCACUGGGCUGCUGCCAAAGGGCGGUCGGACCUGGUGAGGCUCCUGGUGGAUCACGGAGCCCGGCACUGCCUGCGGAGCGAUGUGGGCUGGACCGCGGCUCACUUCGCUGCCGAGGCAGGGAAGCUGCGGGUGCUCCGCGCCCUUCAUUCCCUGCACGCUGCUAUGGAUGCCGCCGACCUCUUCGGAGACACUCCCCGGAGGCUCGCGGAGAUCUACGGACACCGGGAAUGCUCCAAAUUCUUGGAGAAAGCAGAGGUGGAGAGCAGGACCUACCGCAGGAAAGCUGCACUGAGAAAAAUCCCCUUAGACCAGACAGAUGAAGACUGGGAACUCAAGAAAGGAGAGCUUCAGAAGAAUCCACCAUGUUUUUGGGAGAAGUGCACAGCCUCUAUUCAAAAGAAAAAUGGGAAAAAAAAAGGGGAAGCAGUAGUGUGCCCUGCCUGUUUGGUGCCUCCAAACACUUGCAAUGCAGAACAAAGGCACUAGGAGACCUCAAGUGGAUCUGCAGGGUGAUUAUUUGGAUGAAUGUAAGAAGCAGAUGGCUACAAGAGUGCAUCCUUAGAGAUAUACUGUAAAGAACCUCCUUAAAAGCUAAAAGUUGUUCAGCUUCUCUGUGUGUUUCUAUGUAUCUGAUCUCAAAUUAAAAAUCAAAACAACUGAAGAAUA